AUGCUUCCCUUUCGGAGAUUCUACGGGUUCCAGAGUUGGCUAGACCACGACUCUACCCACGUCCCCAUCUCGUUGAUUAAAAGAGCGGUGGAGUUCCACGGCGCCGGAUCAAAAACGGAGCGCAAAUCAACGGAAGCAUGCAAGAGUCACAGGGAAGCUGAGAGGAGACGCAGGCAGAGAAUCAACUCCCACCUCUCCACCUUACGUUCUCUCCUUCCUCACGCCGCCAAGUCGGAUAAGGCGUCGUUGCUGGCGGAAGUUGUUGACCAUGUGAAACGGUUAAAGAAGCAGGCUGAUGACGUGGCGUGCGCGAACGGCGGCGAAGCGGGUUCGGUUCGGUCUGAGGCGUGGCCGUUUCCUGGGGAGUGCGACGAGGCGACGGUGAGUUGCUGCGAGGGAGAGGUGCGGCGGGUAAAGGCGAUGGUGUGCUGUGAGGACCGAGACGGUCUGAACCGGGACGUGACGCAGGCAAUCCGUUCGGUUCGGGGGAAGCCGGUUCGCGCGGAGACGAUGACGGUUGGGGGAAGGACGAAGAGUGUGGUGGUGGUGGAGUGGGGUGACGAGGUGGUGGAGGGAAAGGAGGUUGGGGCGCUGGACCGGGCUUUGAAGGCUGUGGUAGAGAAUCGGGCUUUGGUGGGUUAUGGAAUGGGCCCAGUUGUUUUGGGCCAGAAACGGGGUAGGGAUUGUUGCGGUUCGCCUAGUAGUGAAGUCGCCCAGUUAUAA